CUCUACGCUACAAAGGCACUUUGACUCUUUGGAAAAUACCUGGCGUAGUAUGAUCAGUGUUGGAAACCGUCUGUAUACUUACUGUUCGAGGUUGCUAACGAUUUGUGAGAACUCUGAGAAAAAAAGGCCGAAUUUUUAAAGUAAAAUCAUAAGAAUUUUACUCAAAGUGAUUGGUUCCACAAUUACUAGUUGUGAUUUUCGAUAAACCGAAGAAUCUAACAUGGGUACUGCUAUCAGGAAAAGUAUACCAUGAAAACUAGUGGUUUAAUGAACGCAGCCUGUUGUUGGAAAAAUUCACCACAUGCAGUCUGCAUUUUAAAAUGAAGUAUCUUAUUAUCGCAACGAUUUUUUAUUGUCUGUUUGCGAAUGCUUACACGUUAUACCAAAAUGAGAUAUCUUUAAAAUGUAAUGGAAAAAGGUUCGAAAAUGUUACACUCACGGCUUAUUAUCCGGAUUAUAAUGAGGAGCAAAAAGCUGCUGGAUACCUGGAUAAAAAAGGAAAGCUGCUCAACACCUUGCAGGACUACAUCGACAACAGGGCAGAUUAUGUAACCCUCUCAAUGGACGAGAGCCUGGGAAUUCCCUACGGCACGAAGGUUUGCAUCCCCGAGCUAAACGACCAUUUUGGACAUCGCAUCGUCCUAGAGGUACGAGAUUCCUCUUUUGACCUCAGCGGAAGCGGAUAUUCUAGAGCCGAUAUAUGCGUCAGGUCUGAGAUAGAUAGCUAUGAUGCCAUUGUCAACAGAGUUGUUACAUUGGUGUUUGUGUAACAUUUAAAUGUAGUCACUUACUGAUAUAAAUAAACUGUGUUGAAAUGAAAAAUAUAAUAAAUAUCAAAGUUGAAAUGUAUUUCACAUUUUUUGAUUUUGUAGUUUGUAGAAGGCUGACAUGGCUGCCGAAAGGCCAGUAACAUAAUUUGUUUAUCAUCCUUCAUUAAAUAUAGUCCCAGAUAAAGAAGAUGUUUCUUGUUGGUGAUGUCUGAAAGGUAAUAGUUGACACAUAUUCAUUGAAUUUCAAACAGUGAUAAACUCUAUUUCACAUACACAAUCUUUUGGAUCGAAAAUGGAGAUUUUGCAUUGAGAAAGUUUAUUAUUGGAAUUUUCUAGAAAAACUCUUGUGAAUCUGCAAUUUCAACCAAAACUGAUCACUUCACGAUUUUUUGAAGGCUACAUUUAAAUUCAGCAUCCCAAGUUGUUCCAAUAUACCAAGUUGUUUGCUUGUAGGCACACAUAAUGAAAAUACUGUGUAUUGAAGGUAUUUAUUUUACAUGAAUUAUCUCUUUAAGGAAUUUUUGGUCAGACCUUUUGAUUUGAAUCUUUGAUGCAUACUCUAUAAUCUAUAAUAUCAUGUGCUGACAAAAAAGUAGGAGCCAAAGAAACGUUGCUUACCAAAUUAUGAUCUGAUUACUGAAAGAAUGUGGUUGGGUG